AUGAGCACCACGUCGUUGGCUCUGGCGCUGUUCCUCUUCGUUGCCUGCACUGGCACGCUCACCGGCAGUGCAGCUGCGUCCAUCAAGUUCCCCUACGCGUCCGUGGAUGGGCCUGCCCGGUACGCCGGGUGGGUGCCCACCUACACCGCAGCUGCCGCUCAGUCCGACCUCCACCGCGUGACCCUCUACCUCACCCCCAGCAACCCCGGCCUCCUCGACUACCUCACCACGGAUGACAUCACUAAGAUUGUGUCGCCGGCUCCCGAAGCGGUCAAGAGCGUGGUCGACUGGCUCUACCAGCAGGGCGCCGCCACCGUCGAGGUGGCGCGCAACCGCGAUGCCAUCGUGGCGAUGAUGCCCGUGCACAGGGUCGAGGCGGCCUUCGCCGUGUCCCUCCGCCGCUUCGUGUCUCCCGACGAAGUACUCCGUCCCGCCCACAUCGCGUCGCACAUCGACCUCGUCAGCGGCCUCACCGACUUCCCUCCCGUGGGGUCAGGCAAGAAGUCGCUCAUCGAGGCGGCCGCCGCUUCGACGGUUCCGUCGUCUGCCGCGUUGACGCCCUCCGUGCCCGUCGUGACUAUGGUCCGCGCCCGCGGAGGUAGCCAGCUGCUGAUCAACUUCACCCCCGUGUGCGCCAACGGCCAGUACACGAAGGACGCCAAGAAGCCUUGCUCGGAGGCUCCUCCGGCCAUCGCUGGCUUCUAUGUGCAGAUCAACUCCACCAACCCGGCUGUGGGCAAGUCCAAGUCGGAGUGGCUCGAUUCUCAGUGCACCUUCAACGGCAACUACACCACGUGCACCGGCUCGGUCAAGGCGUGGCUCUAUGACGCCUUGAACGUGUCGGUGGCGGCCGCGUUCGAGAACGACCAUGUCGGCCCGAGCGGCUACAACCCUUACCCCGUCCUGGCCACUCCGCCCAUCGUACCCCAGAACAUCUGGAAGCAGUACAACAUUCCGCCCAACACGCUGGUGACGACCAACGUGACCCAGUGUGUGGUCGAGUUCGAGCAGCAGUACUACGCGCCCUCGGAUCUCACCCUCUUCCUCGAGCAGACCGGUCUCCCCACCGACACCCCCGUCACCGUCAUCGGACCCAACUACCCGAACCAGCCCGGCGGUGAGGCCAACCUCGACAUUCAGUACAUCAUGGGCGUUGCUCCAGGUGCGCCGACCGUGUUCUGGUCGAUCUACGCCAACUCCACGGUCGAGAUCGACGACAUCCUGCAGUGGGCGCUCCAGAUGUCCAACCAGCAGUCCGGCCGCUCCCAGAACAAGGUCAUCCUCAACCACUCGGCCGACCGCAAGGCCGCCAGCGGCUCCGUCGGCGUCAGCGUCGGCGUCGACUACAUCUUCUCCGGGGCGUUCAUGGGCGUGGGUCCGCAGAUCAAGCUGCCCAUCGGCAUCUCAGUGUCAACGGGCUAUGCGGGCGGCAAGGAGGAGUCGGCGGAGAACAUGGACUCGGCGACGAGCUCAGCGUCGAUCAACCGGUGGGACGCCGCCUCUGGCCUAGGCACGCCCAACUUCCUGGAGCUCAAGGAGUUCGUCCUCCAGUACCCCAAGGCCCACUGA